CUUUGAAUCCAUGCUUCAAAUUCUGUUUCAUCAGAAUUUUGUACGGGAAUGUUAAUGAAUUAAAUAAUUAUAUGUCAAAAAAUGUACUCACGUAAUGUGUUUCAGAAUUUUGCAAUGUGUAGAGCUAGCCUUAUUGGCAUUACACGUUCUGCACACUCUAAAAAGAAAUUUGGAAAUGGCUUCACGAAUCAUUCAAUGUUACGUACCUAUAACAUGUUGGUACAAUUACAAUUACCACAAACGACAGACAUACAAGGUUUAUCAAUUCGAUUAUAUUCCAAUCCAGCACGAAGACCUAGCUUCUUCUCUCAGUUUCUUGAAAAUAUCAAGCAAGAGAUGCAAAAAAAUAAAGAAAUGAAAGAGUCCUUGAAAAAAUUUAGAGAAGAAGCAGAAAAACUUGAACAGUCAGACGCAUUAAAAUCCGCGAGACAAAAGUUUCAAGCAGUCGAGUCGGAGGCGAGCAAAAGUUCAGAAGUUCUUAAAGAAAAAUUAGACUCCUUGAAAGGAAAGGUACAAGAAGUUCUUGAAGAAGCUAGUAAGACAGAAUUAGGUAAGAAAGCUGGACAGUUAGGCGAAGAGAUAACAAAAUCCGCAAAAGGAGCAGCGGAAACAAUCACUGAGAAAAGUCAAGCUUUAGGUAAAACAAGCGCGUUUCAAACAAUAACGCAAACUGCAGAAGCUGUACGCGAAGAGCUAGAUCAUCAAGGAAUGCAUGGAAGAGUUUAUGUUCCGCCUAAAAAAUUAAGAAAAAGAAAAGAUGUAUUUGAGACUGCAGAUGAUAAAUGUGUUGCGCCAAACGAGGAGGCAUUGGGUGUUGAAUUACACAAAGAUUCGAAAUUUUACCAAUCGUGGCAAAAUUUUAAGGAUAAAAAUCCCUAUGUGAAUAAAGUUUUGGACUGGAAAAUGAAAUACGAAGAAUCAGAUAAUCCUGUAAUUCGUGCUUCUAGACUGUUGACAGAGAAAGUUACAGAUAUAAUGGGUGGUCUGUUUCAAAAAACGGAACUUUCAGAGACGUUGACAGAAAUUUGUAAACUGGAUCCGAACUUUGACAGAGUUCAGUUUUUGAGAGACUGCGAGACAGAUAUUAUACCAAACAUUCUUGAAGCAAUGGUAAGGGGGAAUCUUGAAAUAUUAAAAGACUGGUGCCACGAAAUUCCGUAUAAUUUAUUAGCACAACCGUUACUACAAGUUGAAAAAUUAGGAUAUCACUUGGACAGCAAAAUUCUAGACAUUAACAAUGUGGAUUUAAUAAUGGGUAAAAUAAUGGAGCAAGGGCCAGUUUUAAUGAUCAGCUUUCAGUGUCAGCAGAUUAUGUGCGUGAGGGAUGCUAAGAAUAAAGUCGUAGAAGGAGAUCCUGAGAAAGUAAUGCGUGUUAAUUAUGUUUGGGUAUUAUGUCGUGAUCCUACGGAACUUAAUCCAAAAUCAGCGUGGCGCUUGCUUGAUCUUAAUGCUAGUAGUACAGAACAAUUUGUAUAGUGUAUAUAGCUUGCUCGUGAGUCUAGUUGGAACUUAAACAAAAAUUAACUUGAAUAUGUGACUGGAAAAUAUGUGAAACUCGAGACGUGUUUUAUUAUUGCUUUCAGUUCAAUUGUAUUGACGAGAAUGAUCCCAAUUAGGAUUUACAAUGUGUACAUUAGUUUAUCAGGGAUGAAUGCCAACAUUUAUUACUUUAAUGGAACAAUAAUGUUCAAUCAGGACCUGUAGUUUAAGCUAUAGAAAUUUUAUAAA